UUUUUGAACUUUGUAUCUAAUUAAGUUUAAUUUAAAUUGUUGUUAGUUUUACAGGUUAGGUUAUUAACAUUUUUUGGAUUAAGAGUGAUUGAUUAAGAAUUAAGUAAAUAAAUAAAAAACAAAUGGCUCAAUUAGAUAAAAUUGUGACAGCUUUUCGUCUAACUACACAAUUUCCAGCAUUAAUAUCUGCUAGAAUACUCAGUUGCUCAAGCAAUAAUAUUAGUAUUCAAUCCGUUUGGAGUCAAAGAGUUUUAGAGCGGCUAACAUCAACUAAAUUUCGACAAACAACUGUGUCUGAUUAUAAAACUUUUACUAUAGUUUCACCUCCAUCUGACAUUACAAACGAGGUGAUAAGUUCUUACUCUAAAUCAUUAAAAUAUUUUUGCGUUGUCAGAGAAGUAAACUCUGUAAAUGAAAAAAAACAAUACUUAGAAGUGUGGGCUGAUGGUGCACUAGUAAACAAUUUUGACUUAAGUGCUUUAGAUGUACAUGGUAAAAUUUAUGAUGAUGCUGAAUUUGCAACUUUACAAUGGUCACCUGAUGAGACUAAAAUUAUUUACAUUGCUGAAAAAAAAAUUCCUAAAUCAGAACCAUUUUAUAAACAAAAACCAAAAAAUUCUGCUGACAAAGAUGGUGUGGAUAAUAAUCCUGUGCCGGGGAAAGAAUAUGAAUGGAGCCAAGAUUGGGGUGAACAGUUAGUUGGAAAAAUUACUCCGGUUUUAGUUAUUUGUGAUAUAAAAGCUGAUACUAUUAAUGUUCUUCCUAAUAUUCCAAAUUAUAUUAAUCCUGCAUCAGUUAUAUGGAAUCCUGAUGGAAGUGGAGUUGUUGGAAUUGGAUAUAUAAUUACACCACGGAAACUUGGUUUAAUUUACUGUACUAACCGUCCUAGUCAUAUAUUUUCUCUUACAUUAGAUGGUCAAUACACUGUAUUGAGUUCAAAUUCAGAACAAUUGUCUGUAAAAUCUCCCAGGUUUAAUAUGAAUGGCACAAAGCUUGUAUGGUUAGAACAUUUAGCUGGAGGACCACAUCAUUCAUGUUUUAAAUUAAUGUCAUGUAAUUGGUACACUAAAGAGAUUAGUACAGUAAUUGAUAUAAUUAAAGAUUCCUUUAAUCUCAAAGUCAACAAUGAUAUAAUGCCAUUCUAUGGCUUAUAUAAUCAAAAAUUAGAAAUAAGAUGUUGGUUGAAUGAUGAUAAAACUCUUUUGUUGAGCACACCUCAAGGUGGUUCAAUACAUUCAUUUGCUAUUGAUACUGAAUCAAAACAAAUCCAUUAUCUUCCAAUUACAAAACCAUUUCAUGAAAGUGUUAGUGUAAUAGAUGUGUAUGAUGAUAGUGUACUGUUUUAUAAAUCUUCUCUCAAUAAACCUGGACAACUAAUCACUGUCAAAUUGCAUUCUCUGAAAGGUGAUUAUGACUUUAAUAAUAUUUCUAUUUAUGAAAUAUCUCCAUCUCGUAGUCUUCCAAAUAGUGAGAAAUUUAUUGUUGAACAUGGCUGUACUUUAUAUGAUAAACCCACUACAAUUUUUUACGGCCCAAAAAAUAACAAAUGUCCCUUGAUUGUAUUACCUCAUGGAGGACCACAUUCAUCAUCUGUAGAUUCAUAUGCAGGAAUCAUUGCUUUCUUUGUUCAGAUUGGUUUUGCUGUAUUACUCAUCAAUUUUAGAGGAUCAACAGGACUAGGCAACAAUUAUCUUGAAUCUUUACUUGGUAAUAUAGGUGAUGCUGAUGUCAAAGAUAUAUACAAUGCAAUUCAAUCUAACUCUUUGUGGUCUGAUAGGAAAUUAGUACUAUUUGGUGGUUCACAUGGUGGUUUUUUGGUUACACAUCUAAGUGGACAGUAUCCAUCUAUAUUUAAAGCAGUAACAGCAUUGAAUCCUGUGACUGAUUUGCUUUCUAUGUUUGGAACAACAGAUAUUACUGAAUGGCCUGUAACUGAAGUAGGUUUUAAUUAUUCUGAUUUGAAUACCUUGGUCAAUUCCAAAGAUGUGAUGAUGAAACUAGCUGAUUGUUCACCAUGUAAAUAUGCCCAUAAGGUUCAAGCUCCUACAUUGUUAUUGCUUGGUGAAAAAGAUCUGCGUGUUCCUCCAUCACAGGGUCUUUCUUAUUACCAUCUUCUUAAGAAGCAUGGCGUCACGACCAAAGUAUUGAUGUACAAUGAUUGUCAUCCAUUAAACACUGAUGCUGCAUAUAUGGAUUCUGCAAUAAAUACUGCAUUAUGGUUUAUCAAGUAUACCAGCGAAGACUCAGAAUAAUGUUAAAUCCUUUUUUUCUAGUGUUCAAUUUUAGAAUAAUUUUUAUUAAAAAAAUCUUUCAUUUAUAUUUC